AUCCGCAGAUCAAAACAGCAACCUUAACUCACCAUGAAGUUCCUGAUCGUCUUCGUUGCCCUCUUCGCCGUGGCUCUGGCCUCUCCUGAUACUGAGAUCAUCCGUCAGGAUUCCGAUGUUGGACCUGAGAACUUCAAAUACGGCUUCGAGACUAGCGAUGGUGUGGCUGCCAACGCCGAGGGACAGCUGAACAACAUUGGAUCCGACCAUGAGUCCCUCGCCGUCCAUGGCUUUUACAGCUACGUUGGUGAUGAUGGCGUCACCUACGAGGUCAAGUACGUCGCUGACGAGAACGGUUUCCAGCCCUCCGGUGCCCAUAUACCCGUUGCCUAA